UUUGAGGAAUUCAUGUUAAAUUGGCUUGCCAUGGCUCCUCGUUGUGCAGAUGCCUUCUCGAAUAAUAUCUGAUAGUUACAGAGUAGCCGACCUCCGUGACCGGAUAACUAACACGGAGAUCCCGUAACCUGCCUUUCUAAAGAGCAAGACGGGCGGGACAGAGAAGUCAGCUACUUUUCAUCUGUUUCGGUUAAUAUUACACUGAAAUUAUACUGUACUUUCGACUGGCAGUGCCUUGUCUCAUCGCGCUUCUCCUGUCUGCUGCUCAAGUUCAGUAUGACGGCCAUAAAAAUCAGGGUGGGAUCUGUUCCACAGGAGAAGUCCACUCCUCUUUUUCUACACUUAUUUUGCCGCAGUCUUAUUAUCCUGUGUACAUCUCUGUCUGUUGUUUUGUCAUCUGUGGCUAUUUGUGAUGGUUACUGGCUACUAGCCGGCCGCCAGAUGUUUGGCCUGUGGUAUUUCUGUUCGCUAGAGAAGCAGCAGAGUUUUCAGUCUGGGUACCAGGGCUUUAAGGCUUCCUCUAACUGCACAAGACAUCUGGAAGAUGCAGGGGUGGAAGGCUUAGGAAUGGGGCUGGCAGUGUGUCGUUCGGCGAUUACGCUGGCUGUGGUUAGUGCCGUAUUUGGACUGGAGUUGCUUGUGAUGUCACAGGUGAGCGAAGGGCGGGACUCUAGUCGACGCUGGACCCUGGGGGCAUGGCUUGUGCUGCUGGCGGGUGUAAUGGCUGUGGGAGGUGUCGCAACCUUUGUACUCUGGUUGGGGACAUUUGCUACACUCUUUGGCUUCACUCUCACAUUCUGGUGCCAGUUCACAGCUACCUUCCUCUUCUUCCUCAAUGGAAUAGCAGCACGACACAUACAGCAUAUUGCACCACUGUGGUCUUUUAGUGGAAAUCCUGACAAACCGAUAUCAGUUCUUCCCUAACAAUAAACGCUCAGGAUUUUUUAACCUGCAUUAGAAAUGUUUCCUCUUGAGCAGUUCUGACCUGUUGAAAAGAAUCUGCAUGCUUCUUGAUACUGAUUAAUGUUUUGACAAAUUUUUGUUUGGUUGUAUUAUGUUUAAUCAUAACAUUUUCAAUACAUAUUGUUAAAUAAUGCUUUCACAGAUUUUUAUUUUUGUGUCAUUAACUUUUAUUUUCAUUUAAUGUACUGAACUUGUGCAUUAAUCCUAGUUGAAGAUCAUAUCCAAUAUUCAUCUUUAAAUAAACAUGAUUAACUCAAAGAGAUGUCUUUUACAGUUAAUUUGAUAAAGA